CUUUACUUCAUCACAAAGUGUCAAUAAUAAAUAAAAAUUGAGGUUAGAUUCAUUUCCACGUGCGGACUUGAAUUGUCAACAUUAAAAACUUUUAUUGUAAGAAAAUGGUUGUUUUUACUUGUAAUAAUUGCGGCGAAAGUUUGCAAAAGCCGAAAGUUGAGAAACAUUUUAGUUUUUCAUGUAGAGGGGCCAAAAAUUUGACUUGCGUUGAUUGUUUUAAAGAUUUUCGAGGUGAAGAAUACGUCGUUCAUACGAAAUGUAUCACUGAAAAUCAACGAUAUGGUUCUAAAGAUUAUGUGGAGAAAGCUAAAAAAGGGGAAGUUAAACAAGAAUCUUGGAUGGAAAUGAUUAAAUCGAUUUUAAUGCAUGAAGUUAAUAUUUCCCCAGGAUGUAAGAAUUUGCUGAAUAACAUAUGUAAUUUUACCAAUGUUCCAAGGAAGAAACAAAAAUUUAUUAACUUUAUUAAGAGCUCAACUGGGGGGAAAUGUCCAAUUCAAGAUAUUGAAGGUGUUUGGGAUUUAAUUGAGAAGCAUAAAAAUGAAUCUAACAAAAAUCAGGCUGAUAAAGUUCCCAAUAAUAGUAAUGGAACUGAAAAAAGGAAAUUAAAUGAAGAAAAUGGGAAUGGAAUUGAUGAGAAUCAAUUAAGAAAGAAGAAAAAAAUUAAAAAUGAUAAUGUUGAAAUUAAUAUUAAUGAAAAUGAUGUUAAUGAAGAAGUUUUCUCCUUAGAAAAUGAAAUUAAAAACAUUAUAAAGAAAAAGGGUGAUGAGGGGAUGUUGCUAGAAAAAUUAAUAAAGAAAGUUUUAAAGAAAUAUAAAAGUUUAUAUGGUGAUGAU